CCGUGAUUCGGUCCCACCUGCUGAUCCAGACACUGUGAUUCGGUCUCACCUGCUGAUCCAGACACUGUGAUUCAGUCUGACCUGUUGAUCCAGGCUCCCCAAUGCAGUCUGGGCUCCCCGUGACAACGUAUGUUUCCCCGGGUGCUCCAGUUUUCUCCCACAGUCCAGGUUAAGGAUUGUGAGUUGUGAGCUUGCUGUGUUGGUGCUGGAAGUGUGAUGACUAUCGUGGGCUGCUCCCGGCACAUCCUCAGACUGUGCUGGUCAUCGAUGCAAAUGACACAUGUCUCUGUAUGCUUCAAUGUGACAAAUAAAGUUUCAGACCUGGAGGAAUCAUUCACGGGGCUGAUGAUCUAGUGUGUGUCCCUGGGAACGACUCUUAGAAGUGUGGGACAAACACCUCUACAUCCCUGCCUGGCACUGGAGCAUUUCUGGAGAAGGUGGGUCCCAUUCCCAGGAAGGAGAAGCCAGGAAGAACACACACCAGUCAUCAAGUGAUCAGCAGUGGGAAGGGUGAGCAGCUUCAAGUUGCUGGAGGUCAACAUCUCUGAAGAUCUACGCUGGUACCAACAUACCGAUGAAGAACAGAGUAGAAAUUCAUUGUCAUUGCUCAUGGUGAUGAGAUUGUGGUACACUUUGGUAGCUGUAUUUCAUCAGGUGUUUGAGAAUAUUCCGUGUGUCCACCAAUUUCUACCGAUGUAGAGCAUUCUGACCGGUCGCAUCACCGUCUGGUAUGGAGGCUCAUAAAGAUUCAAAUUCAAAAACUUUAUUGUCAUUCUAACCGUACAUCAGCUCUGCAGGGCAGAAUGAGACAGCAUUUCCCAGGAGUAGUGCAAACAUAACAAACACAACACUAAAUAAUAAACAUAACAAUAAACAGUAAAAACACAACAGCCACAUGUCAGUUAAGAACAUCAGAAAUAGGAGCAGGGGGAAUUAGCACUCCUAGCAGUGUGCUCAGUUGAGGUCAGCAGUAAGUGGCGAGAGAAAAGAAUGGGCAACCCUCGUGUCUUCUUCAACAUUGGUUUUGAUAAGCAGCCAGGAGGCUACAUUGUAUUCGAGCUAAGGAGCGAUGUUGUUCCAAAAACUGCAGAGAACUUCCGUGUGCUUUGUACCAAGCCAGAGGGUGACGGGUUUAAGGGAUCGAUUUUUCACAGAAUAAUUCCUGGCUUUCUGUGCCAAGGUGGAGAUUUCACAAAAGGCAAUGGCACAGGAGGCAAAUCCAUCUAUGGGAACAAAUUUCCAGAUGAGAACUUCAUACUCAAACAUGAAGGACCGGGAACACUAUCGAUGGCAAACGCUGGGCCCAAUACUAACGGAUCACAAUUUUUUAUCUGUACUGAUAAAACUAAUUGGUUGAAUGGAAAGCAUGUUGUGUUUGGCCGUGUAGUAGAAGGCUAUGAUGUCAUACAACAAACAGAAUCAAAGGGAUCACAGUGUGGAGAGACAGGUGUUACUGUUUGCAUUCUUGACUGUGGAACAAUGUGAUGAGAACAUUCCUAUGGUGGCUGCUCAGUCUUUUUUCCAUUGGUACGUUGCUAUGAAGGUGGCAAAAUCCAAAUCUCAAGUUGAUUUGUGUGAUCGUACAUUUCCAAGUUUCCAAGUGAGGCUUUUGCCCAGGUUGGAGCCUGAACCAUCAAUUUUCAGUGAUCUGUGUCAGUGCUUAGCCUUUAACAUUUUUCAUGAGGUAUAAUGGAACUAUUUGUUUAUUUUAGCCUUGUACUAAAACACUUGAUUCAAAUAAAAUGUACAUUUGCUCACCAAAAAAAAGAAAUAGGAGCAGGGGUCGGCCAUCCAGCCCAUCAAGCCUGCUCUGCCAUUCAAUAAGAUCACGGCUGAUCUGACAGUACAAUGUACUGAGUAUGUUAAUCAAAAUGGCUUCUUUGUUUUGUUAAGAGUAGGAAGGCUUCUUUGUUAUGAGAAGUGCUUUCUCUCACAGUUGUUUAGCUUUAGAAUUGCUGAUAACGGGGAUUGUAUUCAUUUGUUAACCAAUGGGGGGGAUGUUAUUUUGUCUUGUGGGUCUGGGAGCUGGGGUUUUCGCAGUCUUUUUGAGGAGUCAAGAAGAUGCCGAGGAAGGUGGACAUGUGCUGCACUGCUCGGUCAACUACCCGGGUGGUCCCAGGUGCAAGGACGUGGAGGUCGGAGGAAAGCGACGAAGGGUCAAAUGGUUCGAUGGUUGAGCUCCAACGAUGUGCACUAAACUGAAUGAACUCUGAAAAGUUUGGCGCCUUGUACUUUAUUUUCUUUUUCCUUCAUAUAUACUGUAUUGGUAGUACUCAUUUAGUUUUAGUAAAAUCUCUAAAGUAU